CUUGACGUUUUAGGAGUUGAGGUUAACCCUACCAAGGGAAAACAAUUUUCAAAUAUAUUUUUUCCGAAAUAUGGAACAUGCACAGGAUACUGAACAUGAAGAUCAGGAUUUGUUCACACAUUUUCCAGCUGUUGUCCAGAAAGCAAUCGAAGAGGUACUGCCAAGCAAAGAUCCAUUAGAUGAGCCCGAUUUCAAUAGCAUUGAUUACAUUAACUCAUUAUUCCCCACUGAGCAAUCCCUCUCUAAUAUAGAUGAAGUAGUGUUAAAAAUGGAAAACAAAAUCAAUGCAAUAGACAAUGAAAUAAGUAGCGUAGUUCGGGGCCCAAAUUGA